UUUGUUGUUAUUAAGGAAUCACGACAUGUGAAUUACGACGAAUUAUGACAGUGUUACAUGAAAACCAGCCUUAUGAGUGAACUAUGAAGUUCAACUAAUAACCAUAGACUGCUGAAAUGGAUGCGUGACACCAACCGACAAGCCAACGGGAUUUAAGACGUCCGUUCAUGCAAGUUAGUUCAUUUAUUUCGACACAGUGCUAAAUCGGGAAGCCGCAGCUCAGUGGGACAUCAGACUGGCGGUACUUUUCUUGCCAGACACUGCUGAAACGGACAUUCAUGCCUUACUUACAUGAUUACAUCGGGAAGCCAGUUGCCCAAUGCGAUAUCAGACUAACGUACUUAGCGUCAAUUCAACUUAGGUCAUUGUACACUGAAAACUACUGAAACGGACAUAUUACAUCGGGAAGCCAGCGGCCCUGUGCGACAUCAGACUGGCGUCAGCUCAACUUAGGUCAUUGUUUGCCGAAAACUGCUGAAACGGAAAUAUUACAUCGGGAAGCUAGCGCGACAUAAGAAUGUUAUCAACACAAGUUUGGUCAUUCUUUGCUACACACUGCUCACUGCUGAAACUCAUAGAUUAUAUCGGGAAGAGAGCUGGUGCAUUAUAAGACAUUUCUUUGCGAUCUACAAUAUCAUUUUACUUUCUGUGUCUGGUAUGGAAGCUUUUACUAACGUUGGUUAUCUCGCCUUAUGGAUGAUACUACUUUUAAGCAUAUCAAGGGAGAAUGAAGGAUCGCAGUAUAAUAGAAAUCGCCGCUCAGAGAAUGAAGCAAGGGGGUACACGAUUGAAAAAAAAAAUGGAAAAUAUUUCGUUGUAUUCACCAAUCGGCAAACAAAUCGGGCGAGCUUCGAUGACCCAAAUUGGAAAAAUCAGCAAUAUCUAGAUCUGGGUAGCAGCCGAAUCCGUGCAGCCCACCGAAUUGAUGAUGUUUGGAAAAAGGGAUAUACUGGAAAAAAUAUAACCGUGGCGAUUGUUGACGAUGGAAUUAAGUACACGCACAAGGAAUUCGAAGGUCGCUAUCUCCCACAAUUAAGCUACGAUUAUGUUGACCAGGAUUCAGACCCUACGCCAUCCGACGGUCAUGGUACAAAUUGUGCUGGUGUUAUUGCUGGUGCUGCAAACAAUAAACUAUGCGGUGUUGGUGUGGCAUACGAAGCCAAUAUUGCAGGUAUUCGAUUAAUAGACAGAGGUUUGCCUAAUGACACUGACGUAGCAAAGGCAUUCUACCCAUUUGAUGGCCAUAAAAUUGAUAUAUUCUCCAACAGCUGGGGUCCACCCGAUAAUGGUUAUGUUAUAGCCGGUCCUGGACCACUGUCUCUGGAGGCAUUGAGAAAGGGUGCAAAUGAGGGACGAGGAGGUCGUGGUUCAAUUUAUGUUUUUUCUGCUGGUAAUGGUGGAUUUUUUGGAGAUAGUUGCGCUUUUAAUGGUUUUGUUAAUAGCAUAUACACCAUCCCUGUUGGCGCGGUGAAUCAAAAUGGGAGACCUUUAUACAGUUCUGAGGCAUGCAGUGCUGUUAUGACUUCUGCUUAUGCUGUUAAUUUGGGGAGAGGAUUUGGUGCAACAUCAGGCGCCACUGCUUUGGUAUCAGGAGUUAUUGCUCUAGCAUUGGAGGCAAAAAAAACCUUAACAUGGCGUCAAGUACAGCACUUAAUAGUAAGAUCCAGUAGUAGUGACGUAAUCGAUAGAAGUGUAAAAUGGACCGUAAACAAAGCAGGAUUUCGAGUGAGUAACAAAGUUGGAUUUGGAUUUCUUGAUGCUUCGCGGAUGGUAGAAAAUGCCGAAAAACUGACUACAUUACCACGACAGAUUAAAUGUAAAAUUGAGCUCAAAAUUAACCAAAAAAUUGUAUUGCUGAGAGGGAAAAAAAAUUCAUUUGCUAUUGAAGUUGGUAGAGAUCAAUGCCGCGGUGGAGUGAUUAAUCAUUUGGAACAUGUCGAGGCAAGAUUUAGUUUUAGGUAUUUCAGGCGUGGUGUGAUUGGCGCUUACAUUAUUUCACCAGGGGGAACCGAGUCCCAAGUAAUAUUUCCUCGUUCGCUUGACGCCUACGUUGGUGAAAGGAAAUACAAAAAUUUAAGCACAGUUAGUGUGCACUUCUGGGGUGAAUCGUCAGAAGGAACAUGGACUGUAACUCUUAGGAAUGAUCUUCCAUCCUUCCCAGAAUCAAACCAAUAUGAAGCCAGACUGUUUGGUUUUAAUCUAACUCUAUAUGGCACUGCACAAAAGCCGCCGUUUCCUGAAAUACCGAAGAAGAAUUUGCAAGAGGGGGAUAAACCUAGAGUCGACGGCAAGUUUUAUAGUGUGUAG